GCUGUCUGGUGGGGCACAAACGCAUCUAUCUUCACCCAACAACCAGCAGCAGCCUCAUCGCACGGCGAAACGCCCUCCCGAUGUGGCUGUGCCUCACAAGGAAGAACCCAUGGGAGCAGCAGAGUCCAUGUGUAUGGUUCAGCACACAGCAGAGCAAGCUGCGCCCAAGCUCCUGUCUGCUAUGCCUCCUAGGGGUUGCUGUGGGCCUGCUAGAGACCAGGCAGCAGCAGCAGAGAGCGACAGUGGGGGUAUUCCCCAGAAAGGAACCGUUCAGCCGUGCUGCAGCAAAGGCCGCAGCAUCAGCAGCGAUGGAGAAGACUUAUUUCAAGUGGUCACAGCAGCACAAUUGGUACAGAAUACCUGUGCGGAAGCAGUGGCAAGUGCGGGGUGGAAGGAGAGAGCUUGUAAGAAGCGGAGGACAGAGAGAGGGGCAGGGCGAUGGGGCUUCCGGGGAGUGAGCAGGACACUGCUGCCUGUGCUGGCAGUGGGUCUGGUGACGUGUGCGUCUCUCACCUUCUGCCAGGCACACUCAUUACCCUCCACUGCCUCUGCUGCGAGCACUGCUGGAGCAGCAGCAGUCACGCAUGUGCGGCAAUGUCUCUCUGCCCGUGAUGUGCUGCUUGUCAUGAGCUGCUUCGUUUGUUCUUUGCUGCAGCGGCACUCCGAGAUUAUCGUUAUGGUGGCUGCACUCAUGGUCGUCUCCCUCUCUCAUCUAGUGUUUUGA